AUGAGUACAAGCAACAAGAAAAGAAGCAAUCCAGGCUCACUAUCGCAUACCUCAGGAGCUAAGCGUGGGAGGAAGACGACCUCCUGUUCUCAAUGCCAUGCCAGGAAACAGAAAUGCGACAGAGAGUUACCUUGCUCUCGCUGCGUUCAGCGUGGAGUCCCUGAUUUAUGUCGAUGGCCUGAAAGAGAAAUAGAAGUAACCGCACAUGAAGCAGUGGGCACAGCGGAUACGCAGGGCACAGAACUGGGACAGCUAUACAUUGCUAGAGGCGCACCCAGCUUCUUCGGCAAUUCUUACUUUGGCCACCAAGUGGCAGCACGGAUGAUUCAGGAAUCAGCCCCUGAUCUCCCUCCUAUGAGUUUACUAUCCAGCAAAGACUCGCUGCAAUCAUUCCGGAAUGACUCUGGUCCCUUUUCCCAAGUAUGGGACUUGCUGGGUCUAUUGCCACGAAAUAAAGUCACCGUGGAUAGACUGAUCGAAAGAUUUCUCACCGAGAUCAAUUGGGCGAUCGACACAGUUCACCCGACGACAUUUCGAUCGCAGUUUGCAGAGUUUUGGGGACGGAAAUUUGGCUUCGACGAGAUUGCUGGAGUGGAUCUCAGAUGGCUCGCACUUCUCUUCAUCAUACUAGCAUAUAGUGUGCUUUUGGAUAGCUCGUCCACAACCUCGCCCGAAAAACGAAAAGAAAGCGAGGAGGCAUCGCUUCGUUUCUACUGGGCUGCCAGAAGAGCAAUCGUGAUAUCUCCUUCUUUCCACGGUGAGAGCUUGGACCUUGUUAGAGCAGGGUUGAUGGUCACUCGGUAUCUGCUAUACACCCGACAGGCUGCAGAGAGCUGGCUCACCAUUAGCUUUGCGAUGCGCAUGGCCCAGGCACAAGGUAUGCAUAUUGAUGGAGAGAAGUGGGGCCUCUCGAGGAAGGCAACUGAAACAAGACGGCGGCUGUGGAGUAAUCUCUACUUACUCGACAAGACUAUCGCUCUUGCCCUCGGCAGACCCUACGCGAUAUCAGAUCACAUGUGCCUCAUAAAAGCACCUGAAAACGUUUGGCUGGAUGGACUGACUGAUGAGCAGUCAGCUCUCGAGGUGGCCCAUCCCUUAAGUCGCCCCACAAUGAGCACAGUGACACUGCUUGGAAACGGACUAGCCAAGAUUGCUGGAGAAAUUCAAGAUCGUUGCUUUGGGUUAUAUCCUGCGUCAUACGAUCUAGUGAUUGAGAUGGACAAUAAACUCCUUUCCUGGAAAAAGCAACUUCCCGCCUAUUUUUCAGUGGAGCAUCCUGAAGUCUCACUUGAUGAACUGCACACAUUUUUGCCAUGGCACCGCCUAUAUCUGCACUCCGCGUUUCACUUCGCCAGAAUCACUCUACACCGGCCUUAUCUACUGCGCGAAUCAAUCACUAAUCGCUUCAGCCUGAGCCACGAAGCAUGUAUUUCAUCGGCAUCUGCAGACCUAAAAGUUCGAUUGAAGUCUCUGGGCUAUGGAACAGCCGAGAACAUGAGAUGGACACUGGGUACGCAUAAUAUGUUCAACAGUGCCUUUAUCCUGGGAAUCAUUGCAGUGCGCCGUCCUCACGCCGCUCAGACUGCGGCGAUACUCAACGAUCUCGAAGAAUACUGCGAGCGACUACGGAAGGAUGUCUGGCUGAAUGAAUUCGGGCUGGCUGAGGUUAAAGUGGUAGAGCUCUGUAUCAUACGCACCACAGGACUUGCCCAAUCCGCGAGGCAAUCAGAUGAACAGCCCGCCAUGAGCCCGCCGGAGGUCGUACCGGAUCUUGUGACACACAAUGGAGAGCGAGAGCCGAUGAUGGCGGCUGAUAUCAAUCUUGAGCCCAAUAUACUUGGAGCUUCGCCAGACAUGAUCUGGCCUGCCGUCUGGGAAGACUCAAAUUUCGCAUUCCCACAAGCUGCAGACCUUUCAACCUGGGAACAGAUGAUUUCGGAGAUUGCUUAUCACACCUAG